UAUUUUGUUCGCAAUGGUUACGAUAAACCAGGUCAAAUUGCGGUAUUGACACCAUACCUCGGGCAGCUUAUUAAAAUAAGAGAUGUAUUAUCGAAGUCAUUUGUUGUGGUAAUUGACGAACGUGAUGAUCAAUUAAUUACUGAUAUGGAGGAAAGCAUAGAUGAUGAAAACAAGAACCCAGAUGGAGGGCCAGUGCAUUCUACUAUUGGAGCUACCGCUUCUAGAAAAAAAUUGUCACAACAGGUUGUUCUUCGUACAGUUGACAACUUUCAAGGAGAAGAAGCAGAUAUAGUGAUUAUAUCACUCGUUCGUAACACGAAAAAUGAGAGUGAUCGCGGAAAUAUUGGCUUCUUGAAGUCAACAAAUCGUUCUAAUGUUCUUUUAUCUCGUGCUAAACAUGGCAUGUUUCUUUUGGGUAAUGCAGAAAUUAUGGCAAGGCAUUCAAAUUUCUGGAAAAAAGUUUUAGAGAUUUUACGUAAUCGUGGCCAAGUCGGGCCAGGAUUCCCAAUUGUAUGUGCUCAACAUCCAGAUUAUAAGAACACCAUAUAUGAGGCCAAACAAUUCAUUGAAGUUUCUCCUGAUGGUGGCUGUUUCGAGCCCUGCGGUCAACAGCUAAAAUGCGGACACACAUGCCCAUAUAAGUGUCAUCCAGAUGAUCCUCAACACAUUGGAGUUGUUUGCCAAAAACCUUGUACAAGGUUAUUUCCAGAUUGUCAACAUCCUUGCAGUAAUAAAAUUUGUGGAGAAAAUUGCGGUAAUUGUCUUUGGCCAAUUGGAAACAUUACAUUGCCAUGUGGACACGAAUAUAAAAACGCCAAGUGUCACGAGAGGAAAAAUAUAAAUAAAAUCCUUUGCAAGGAAAAGGUGUUAAGGAAAUUGCCUAAAUGCGAACAUGAACAUUUAAUGGAGUGUUAUGUAUCAGUCGGCGAUUUUAACUGUACAGAAAAAUGCGGGAAGCUUCUUCCAUGCGAGCAUCCCUGCAUGUCUACAUGUCUCGAUUGUCAGAAAUUAUCUGAGAGAGCAAACCAAAAUCCACUUUUAGAUCACAUGGGACAUAUUGUUAGAUCGAAUCACAAAAAAUGCACACAGAAAUGUGAAAGGUCUAGCGCUAGCGAAAUAUGUCCACCACCAAAAUAUUGUGCAGAUUGCACUACAGAUGAUAAUGUCAAGAAUCAAGGUAUUUAUUUAAGACCAAGAUUAUUGCUAUUAAUUAAAAAAUUAUUCAUUAAUGAAACAUUUGCAGAAGUGGAUUGGACUUUUGAGAGAAUGGUCGUCUUAGAUUGUGGACAUGUAUAUACAGCAGAAAGUCUUGAUCAUGUGAUGUACAUGAAGGAAUAUUACGAAAUGGAUAAAAACAACAAUUGGGUCCGAAUCAAAUCAAUUACAUCACAACCAAGUGAAUCUAAAAAAUGUCCACAAUGCCGUGCUCCUAUUAAGAAUAUUUAUCGUUAUAGAAGAUCAACGAAUAAACAUGUUUUGGAUGUUCAGAACAAAAAAUUUUUGAUGAAAUAUGAUAACUAUUUGAAGCAACUAAACGAAGACAUAACAAAUGUUACAAGUAAAAUAGAAACUAAUCGAAAGAAAUUUUUAGAAGAAAUUCAAAAACCGUUGAAACCUCAAGUAAAAAAGGAGACGAGAAUUGCAAAAAUUGCAGAUUCAACAUUACAAAAAAUUCCUGAAGUUGUAUCAACAGAGCAAUAUUCAUUGCUUGAAAAAUAUUAUUCUAUUCCAAUGAUACAUGAAAAAGAAUGGACGCGACAUAUAUCAGAACUUCUUAAAAUAUAUAGAAAUUUGACACUAUCAAUGUUUGAAACAAAAUCUCCACCAUAUAAACUCGCGUAUGAGGCUGCUGUGUCUCUUUUGUAUGCGUCAAAAACCCAAACAAAUAUAUGUGAUCUCGGCAAAAAUUUUGAAUCAUUGAAUUUAGAUUAUGACUCACCUGCUUGUCAACAGCUUAAACUUAAAGAAACUUUGGCAGAAGUUGGAUUAAUUGCUCCAAAAAUAGAUGUCCGCAUGUAUCUUGACGCGUUUUUUGAGAUUGUUAAUAUUCAAAAAGUCAUUUUUUAUGAAGUUUCCCAGGUUAUUACUGAGUUGUCAAAAACAAGAGAAACGGAAGAUAACCUUGUUUUUUAUGACAAAAAUUGGAUUGAAUUUGGUGAACGUAUAAUUGAAGCAAUUAAAAAACACCUUGAUAUUAUAAUUACAACAGCCCAACAAAAUAAUUAUCGUCGUCAUGUUGUUUUGUCAUCGCUGGAGUUGGCGGAAAUUGAUUGUAAAGCUGAACGGUUUAAGCUCAAAUAUCCUCCUAAUGGCAUAAAUCCUAUUAUUCAGAAGUCUGUCAAAAAUAGAUGUGCCGAAAUUGAAAAUAUGUGCGAAGACAUUUGUAAUAUGCUUUCCACAAUGAACGCUGAAUAUUUUGAAGAACAAUGUAAGUCAAGAAUUGAUGAAAUUCGCCGAGAACUUCUUGACAUUCGGACUGCGGUCAUGAGGGACAUGCCCUUGACACGUGAAGAAAAGCUGCAAAUAUCUAAAGUAAUGAAUAGUGAAUUUCAAGGAUCAGGACAUUGGUAUCAAUGUCCAAAUGGUCAUACUUAUACAAUCGAUGCGUGCGGAGGUGCCAUGGAAUUUGGCCG